GCACAGAGACCACAUAGUGGACAGGGAGUGGUACGAUGGUAUUGUGUGACGUGCGAUAAGUGGUACCCAGUGAGCGUGCCCUCCUGCUCGUACUGUGGUAAUGGUCCUUCUAAAGAGAGGAUGACAUGUCGAGGUUGCAAAAGGAUGCUCGAGUUUAUAAUAAGCCGUCCGCCGGCGACAGUAGUGACCUGUCAGGCGUGUAAGGUCCUCACACCAGUGGAGAGUGGGCCCUGUAGUGGAGAG